AUGAUCGCCAAGUCCGCCCUCCAGCGAGCUGCCGCAGCUCCAGCUCGCAGCGCCUUCACCCAGCAGUCCAUCCGCGCCGCCUCAGCUUGGUCGAAGGUGCCUCAGGGCCCACCAGACGCCAUCUUGGGUAUCACCGAGGCAUUCAAGAAGGACAGCAAUUCACAAAAGAUCAACCUUGGUGUUGGCGCAUAUCGUGACGACAAGGGCAAGCCAUACGUUUUGCCCUCAGUGAAGCAGGCCGAGCAGAAGGUCGUCCAGGCCAACCUCGACAAGGAGUAUGCCGGCAUCACUGGUGUGCCAGACUUCACCAAGGCAGCUGCGCUCCUCGCCUACGGCCCAGACAGUGCUCCUCUCAAGGAGGGCCGCAUCGUCAUCACUCAGAGCAUUUCUGGAACUGGCGCUCUCAGAAUAGGCGGAGAGUUCCUCGCUCGACACUACCCACACGCCAAGAGCAUCUACAUCCCCACUCCGUCAUGGGCGAACCACAAGGCCGUCUUCCUUGACAGCGGUCUUGAGGUCAAGCAAUACCGAUACUACAACAAGGACACCAUCGGCCUGGACUUCGACGGAAUGGUCGCGGACAUCAAGAGCAUGCCAAAGAACUCCAUCGUCCUCCUGCACGCCUGCGCACAUAACCCAACCGGUAUUGACCCAACAGAAGAGCAGUGGAAGGCCAUCAGCGAUGCCGUCAAGAAGGGCGAGCACUACCCAUUCUUCGACAUGGCAUACCAGGGCUUCGCUUCAGGAGACACCGACAAGGACGCCUUUGCUCUGCGCUACUUCCUCAAGGAGGGCCACCAGCCAUGUCUCGCGCAGUCGUUCGCGAAGAACAUGGGUCUCUAUGGUGAGCGUGUCGGUGCUUUCUCCAUCGUCACCGCCUCCAGCGAGGAGAAGGCCCGUGUCGACUCGCAGGUCAAGAUCCUCGUUCGCCCACUCUACUCCAACCCACCUGUCCAUGGUGCUCGUGUUGCAAGCACCAUCCUGAAUGACCCCGCCCUCAACAAGCAGUGGCUCGGUGAGGUCAAGGGCAUGGCCGACCGCAUCAUCAAGAUGCGCGCGCUGCUCAAGGACAACCUUUCCAAGCUCGGCAGCAAGCACAACUGGGACCACAUCACCUCGCAGAUUGGCAUGUUCGCCUACACCGGCUUGACUGCCGAGCAGAUGACCAAGCUGGCAGAGGAGCACUCGGUCUACGCUACCAAGGACGGUCGCAUCAGUGUUGCUGGCAUCACGUCCGAGAACGUCGGUCGCCUUGCCGAGGCCGUCUACAAGAUCACUGGUUAG